AUGCCCAACCCCGGAAUGCCUCCCAGACCCAUCCUAAAGGCCCUCCCGUCGCCUUCGCUAACAGGCAACAGCCCUCUCCCAUUCGCAUCCUCACGCAUCCCAUCCCUCGACUCGCCGCACGUCCACUUCCCGCCGACACCUUCGAUGGCGCAGAUGGAGAUCACGCACUCGCCGUUCGCGUACGACCGCAAGCCGAUCGUCGUCGCGCCGAACGUGUGUGCAAUGCCGGCGCGCGGCGAGCGGAAAGUGCAGGGUUUCCUCGAGGGGUACUCGAGUAGUAGUAGUGGGGGCUACUUCCAACCUCGUGCCUCGGAAUGUGUGGAAUAUGCCGCGGCCUACGACCCCCCGCCAGAGCUUUAUCAGUCUCCCGAGCCGGCGUCGUCGAUGCUGUUCCGGCAUGAUACCUCGAUACCUACGUCGGCGUCACAGCCAUACCCGUAUCCGUACCCCACCUGUCAAAUCCGCCCUAGUACUGCCCACAACAUCAACCAACGCGAUCGGCACCCAAAGCAGCGCAGCCAACCAGGACACGUCCCGCCGCCGCUCGUCUUCGACUCCGCGUCCAGCGACUCCUCCGACUCGAGUGACCUCGGCUCGCCGCCCGAUCCUAGUAAUCAUGGGAGCGUCUAUCCCCCGACUCCGAUGAAGCAGAAGUACCAUACUCAGCACACUUUGAGCGGCUGCGGGCCAAUGUCGAUGGACCUCUCGCUGUCUUUCAUCACGCAGACGAACGGAGAGACUGAGAGGUACAACGGGAGGUCGGCGAAGCGGAGGAGUAUAGACGAGUCGUCGCAUUCGAGCAAACGGACUAGUAGUACGAGUCGGACCAGGCAGGUCGUGUCUGCGGGGUGUACGAGCGGGUUUAGCACGCUCGUUCCUGGGUUGGACGGCUGCCUGGGUGGGUUUUGA